UCUGAAGUGAAAAUGACAGCUUUCAAGAUUAUAGUUGGCAUUCCGAUCCUCGCUACCUACGUCUUGGCUGGACGCAUCUAUGGAGGUCAAGGGGGUCAUAUUGGUGGAGGCGUAGCUACAGGGGGCAUCAUCGGAGGGCAGGGAGGAGGAUUUACACAAGGCGGAGGCAUUGGAGUAGGAUUUGGACAUGGCGGAGGCAUUGGAGGAGGAUUUGGACAUGGAGGAGGCAUUGGAGCAGGAUUUGGACAUGGAGGAGGCAUUGGAGGAGGAUUUGGACAUGGCGGAGGCCUUGGAGGAGGAUUUGGACAUGGCGGAGGCCUUGGAGGAGGAUUUGGACAUGGCGGAGGCAUUGGAGGAGGAAUUGGACACGGUGGAAUCAUUGGAGGAGGCACAGGAUAUGGUCCUACAAUCGUGCCAGCUCUCGGAGGAUUUGUAGGUUCUUCGACAAGUUAUGGAAGGGCCGGUGUCCUUGGAGGGUCAGGUCUAGGUGGCCGUGGGGGAGCUAUCGUUGGAGGCCAUGGAAUCCAAGGAGGACGCUCAUCCCUUGGAGGCCUUGGAGGUUCUAUUGUUGGAGGACGUGGUCUUUAUGGCAGACCAUAUGGUAGAUGGUAAUAAGAAAUGCAUUACACCGAAUCCCCCCACGAUGAAAUAAAUCACAUUACUGAUAUGGAUAA